AAGAAAAGGAAGGAAGGAAGGAAGAAAAGAAAGAAAGAAAGAGAAAAAACCCUUUGGGCUCACGAGACAACGCUCUUCCUGAGAACUCAGCGCAGUCAAGUGGAAAAAAAUUGCAAACCCCUCCUAUUGGGGAGCCCUUUUUCCAAGCCAGCCCAGUUCCUCUGAGCAUGAACAGAGUGCUGCAGGGGGCGCUAGGGCUGCUGCCACUGGGAGUGGGUGGCUCCUGGCAUCCGGCUGACCUGGCUGACCUGUAAAUCCGCCAGGGGCUGGAGGAGCCCGGCCUCCCUCCCGUCUCACUGCUUCUAAACUUAGACUCGGAUUAGGACAGUGACGGGGCAAGGGGCCACGAGACGCAGGUGCCCUUCGCCUGGGCUCGGAGGCAGCAGCCGGCUGACUGCUCAGCUGUGUGUCCUGCCACAGGGGCCUGGGGGGUCCCCUCCUGCUCCCCCCCCAUCCAGGAGAUGGGGAUGGGCCCAGCCCUGGCCAGGGGGCCCUCCUGGUGCCCCCAGUGAGAGUCGGGGAGGCGGCAGCAUGUGGGGGCAGCCCAAGGCGGCCCUGCCGGGCUGGCUCUUCCCCCGCCUGGGGGGGGCCUGGCAGAGGGUCCAGGCCUUCUGGAGGAAGAACGGGCUGCUGACCCUCUCCAUCCUCUCCGUGGUGACCGGCUGCCUGGUGGGCUUCCUGCUCCGGUUGCUGGAGCUCUCCCAUCUGGAGAAGCAGUACUUUGCCUUCCCCGGAGAACUCCUGAUGAGGAUGUUGAAGAUGCUAAUUUUGCCGCUCAUCACCUCCAGCUUGAUGUCCGGCUUGGCCACCAUGGAUUCCCGGGUCUGUGGCAAGAUGGGCCUGCUGACCAUCACCUACUACCUUUGGACCACCUUCAUGGCCGUCAGCACCGGCAUCGUGCUGGUCCUCAGCAUCCACCCCGGAGCGGCUGCCCAGAAGGAGGAGCACUCGGUGGGCAAAAUGGUGCUCAGCUCGGCCGACGCUCUGCUGGACCUCAUCAGAAAUAUGUUUCCUUCCAACCUGGUGGAGGCUUCCUUCCAGCAGUACCGGACUGUCAUGGUCCCCGUGGUGAAAUCCCCCGGGAUCCCGAAUAAGGCCAGCACGUCCUUCAGCUUCAUUUACUUGGUGCCCGAUCCGGGGAACCCAGAGAUCCAGCGUCCGGUCCUGCUGGAGAUCACGCCCUCGCCGGAAAUGAUCUACCAAGCCCUUCCUGGCAGCAACAACGAAAUGAACGUCUUGGGCAUCGUCCUCUUCUCGGCCACGGUCGGCCUCCUCCUGGGGAAGAUGGGGGAGCGUGGGGCCCCCCUGGUUAACGUGUGCCAGUGCCUGAACGAGGCUGUGAUGAAGAUCGUGGCCAUGGCGACGUGGUACUUCCCUUUUGGGAUCGUCUUCUUGAUCGCCGGGAAGAUCCUGGAGAUGGAAAACCCGGCGCUGACUGGCAAGAAACUGGGCCUCUACGCCAUGACGGUGGUGACCGGGCUGGCCAUCCAUGCCCUUUUCUUCCUGCCCCUCCUGUUCCUCAUCUUGACCCGGAAAAACCCCUUCCCCUUCAUCCGGGGAAUCCUCCAAGCCCUGCUCAUCGCCCUGGCCACUUCCUCCAGCUCAGCCACGCUGCCCAUCACCCUGCGGUGUCUUCUGGAGAACAACCGGAUCGACAAACGGAUCGUCCGCUUCAUCCUCCCGGUCGGAGCCACGAUCAACAUGGACGGGACGGCGCUCUACGAGGCAGUGGCCGCCAUCUUCAUCGCCCAGGUGAACGAGUACGACCUCGACCUGGGACAGCUCAUCACUAUCAGCAUCACUGCCACGGCCGCCAGCAUCGGGGCUGCCGGGAUCCCCCAGUCAGGCCUGGUCACCAUGGUCAUCGUGCUCACCUCCGUCGGCCUCCCCACUGAGGACAUCACACUGAUCAUCGCCAUUGACUGGGCCCUGGACCGCUUGCGCACCAUGACCAACGUCCUGGGUGACGCGCUGGCCGCGGGAAUCAUAGCUCACAUCUUCCGGAAGGAGUUCGCCCCGAAGGAUUCUGUGAACGAGGGGCUGGUCUGGGCCGAGACUGCCUCUCCUCCUCCUCAGGACCCCGUGGGGCAGGCGAUGGAGGAGGCCCCGCCUGGACAGAACGGUCACUGCAUCUGUGAGGUGUGAAGGCCGCAGUUUCCGCCAUCACCACCCCCCGCGACAACAUCCAGGGGGCCGGUGCCAUGGACUCUCCGGGACCCCCACGCAGGAGCCCCGAAAAGGAAGAGCGAGGAAAGACACCCACCCACCCAUCCCUGGCUCCACUCAGCCUGAUCCUCUCUGGAAAUCCCUUUCCAGGGGUUCUCAACCUUGGCAACUU